GGGAGAAUAAACCAGUGUUACACAAUCAUGCGUAAGCCUCAAGCUCGCCUCGCCUGUCUAUAACACAGCUCAGGUCUCAGGCAAGUAAGAAUCAUUGUAUUAUCAACACUCUACUUGUCACAACGGCGAGACAAACUCCAACCAUGAACGAGAAUCACAAAGUAUGCAAAGUGUUACAGGUUCUCCUCUUGAUUGUGGUAGCGGGGAUACCUGUGCCGUGUACAGUGGUGGUGUUAGCAGUGCUGGGGUAUAGCAUACCCUGGCAGUUGAUGCUUGCAGUGUGUGUCGUACAGCUUGUCCUGACCACCAUCUUGUUGCUACUCCUCAGGAAAAGUCCAGCAUCACAUUUACCACAACAUGACGUGGGGCAACAGAGUGAAGAUGCUGAGAGUGGAGGUGAUGCUGGUGAGACCAGCGUGACCACUGACGCUCCUCCCAAGUACGAUACAGUGGUGGGGAAACCCCCUCCAUACAGUCACCUCUACACCUCGGCGGAAGCUUGCUACCUGCCCGUGUACCACACUCCUCAGCACACUGAUGGAGACACCACUCUGACCUCAGAAGAAGAGGAGACCACUAGAGACACGGAUCCUCCGCCAUACUCAGAGGUCUCCAAGACCAUCGCGCCGGUUUGAGAGGAAGGGUGGUCCUGGACCUCCAGGAUUGGUCAGGCGCUACCACAGCAUCACAAUGCCAAGUGGUCCGGAGUGGUGUCAGUGUCUCCACAACAGAGGUUGUGUCGUCAGCGGCUGACGCAGCUGAUGCGAAUCAGCUGUUGUCAGCCUGACUACUAUGACUCAGGAAUAUAUCAAAAAUAUUAAAAAAAUACUAUUAUUAAGAACUUAGCAACAAAGACUAGUUUUCUCCCUGAGUGUAUGAAGCAUUCCAAAAGUUUUUAAUAAAUAAAUAUUUAUCACUGUAACUGGGAAUUUUCACUGCUCAAACUGAAGGCAAUAUAUUUUCAUGGAGCCUAUCUAUCAUGAGCCAAAGAUAGAUCAAUGUGUCACACUUGAGGUUGACACACAUCAACUCUUUAUAUCCCUGAGUGUAUUGACAGUUUCUAUAUAUCAAUGUACUUAAAAAAACAAUAAAAAAAAUAAAUUAACUAGUAAGAGACCAUAUUGUGUAUUUCCAGAAAAAAAAAAUUACAUCAGUAGUGGCAUCCUACAUAUCAGUUUUAAUUAAGCUCAGAAUACCUGAAAAUGUAUAUAAAUGUGUAUUGUUAUAUUCUAGUUAAUAUAAACAUCGAUCACAUAAGAGCAACAGUGAAACUAUCAAAUCCGAAGUUAAAAAUGUGUGACGUAUGGGAGUUGAGUUAGCUUUUUGUAUUGUAACAUUAAUGUAAUCAUAACUUUGUAAAUAUGAGGACAUAUAAACUGUUUAGUGUUACUGUGAAUUGACGGAGAAGUUGUUCUUAGAACCAAAGACGUAUUAACUCAGUAUAAUUAUUUUUCUCAUCUAUUACGUAAUUAUAAGCAACUUUAAUGUCUAGUAUUAAACAAUUAUAGUUUUGCUUAAAUGUGUAUUAAACACAUACACACACACACACACACACACACACAUACACACACACACACACACACACACACACACACACACACACACACACACACACACACACACAAACACCCUAUCA